UUGCACAAUUUCACUCUUUCUCAACUCAUUAAAUAAAAUCUUCAUUUGUUGGUUCAACCACUUGACUUUUUAGCAGUAACAAAUAACAAUCCCUCCGCCCACAAAUAAUCUUCUUGUAUUUCUUUCCGUAUAUAUGAUUUAAGCAUUCGUUAAUUCCGAUUAUUUUGUCUUCCACUUUCUAAUAUUUGGAUUUUUUUUAUUUUAAUUGUGGGUUCUGUUCCUGCUUCUCCAUCAUGGGUUUUUAUUUAAUGAAUUUUUUGUAGUACAAAUAAUUUAAUCUAUACACUUUCUUGUAUCUAUGUUAAGUACUAUGGUGUAAGAUUAUUUAUGUUUGGUAUGUCCCCUGCUUUCUCCUUUUCAGAUUUUUAUAAGCAACUAAACAACACUGUCUAAGCUAUCUUUUUUGCAACUUUUGUUUUCAUCAGGUGAUUUUUAAAAUUUUGGUAAUGAUGCAACAUUAUGAGCUCCAACAGAUGAAUAACAUGGAGACAGCCGAAAGCUCGGCGGAGCGAUUUUAUGUUUGCACUGAGACUACCGCUGAAUCAUGCACCAAGCUCUUCUCCAUAAGACAUUAUGUUUAUCUUUCGCGUCAAAAGAAUACAUUUCAGAACUGGCCAUUCCAGGAGAAAUACCUAAAAUCGUGCCUUGAGUAUGGUGUUACAAACGUGCUUCCACCUCUUGAAGCUCGAGGUGUACUUGAAAGGACAAGUAUUUCAUAUGAUGAGAGAAAUGUGGCGAAUGUAGGAAAUGAUCAUGACUUAGUUGAAACAACAUUAUCUAUGAAAUCUGAACAAGUCCAGUACAUAAACGAGGUCACAGCCAUAAAUCCUAGUGCAAUAUCAGCGCAAGAGGGGAAUAAAACAAGGAAGUGGAGGCGUAAAAUGAAGACUAUGGCAGAGAUUUUCGCUACUGCAAAGCGUUGCACUUUAGAAGAGGUUGAUGAAAUGGAUGACUUAAGUUGCACUUCUGUUACAGCCCUGGAUAUAGACAGAGAACAUAGGAGAAAAAAUCAGGUUGAUUUCGAGUACUUCGAUUCUAAAUCAGAGCUCACUGAUGAUGGUGCAGAUUGUAAUAACAGACUGUCCAAACGUAUGCCAGUGUUAAAGUCUUGAAGCAGAUUACCAAGUUCAUCAUUUAGUACAACUAAUCUAAUUACCAAGAAUCGGACAAAAGGAUGUAACAGGAGGGCGCGAACUUAUGAUUCAAAAUCAUCAUUCGAGCUGCAGGAUGCAUAUAUAUUUAUGUCGAAGUGAAAUACUUGAUUUGAAUCUCAUAUUGAUUGUCAUUUUGGGUACUGAUUGUCAUUGCUAUUGGAGAUCCGAAGAUCUACGUGCAAAACAUUGUGGAUUUGUAGAGUUCUAGAAACAAAGGUGAUGAAGUAUGACUCACAAUACAUUUGAUGGUCAAAUAUGUUAUGCACUUAUGCUGUAUUUUGGUCUCAUCUUCUUUGCUUAACU